CCAGGCAUCAUGCUCGUCGACCCACGUCUACGCGAUCCCACACCCAAAAGCGCAGCAACCUUUUUCCGCUGGACGAAACUGCAUUUCCGGGACAUGCUCAAUAUCGCCGCAGAUCCCAAAUUAGGCAAAAUGACAAAGACUCUGAGAUUUGCGGCGCCUUACAACGAUGAUGGUGAUGAGAAGUCCUCGGAAGCUCAAGGUGAAGGAUACACAAAGUACCUCUACACAUGCAUUGUGGAUGAUGUCGGGAUUUUACAGAGUCAGCCGUAUUACGAUAUCAGUAGAUUACUGAAUUUAGAACAAACGCGAGACCUAGGGAAAGAAGAAGAAACCGUGAGCUAUGAGAAGGAAGACGCCAUGGUCUUUGAUGUGGUGGAUGCGAGAUUUGCCAUUUAUGAGGAAGUUGAAAUCGAGAGCGAUACGCGAGGAGGAAUCAAGG